UCCGUCUCAGUCCUCGCGCUCCAUUAGCCUCGGCCGGUGACAGCUUCCUGUGCAAAGCAGAAGGCCGGAAACCAGGGUCGUCACUUUGUUUUAAAAAGUCCUGCGGAGUGAGAUGUUCGGGGGAAAGAAAAGCGCCCUGAAUGAGGCUUACAGCACCAGCUCUGCGCGCCUGUGAGAUCGCCAGAUAUCUGGAAUACAUCACUCAUCCCGAGCACAGCUCUGCUUUUUACAGGACAUGAGAAAGAUGUUUGCAUCCGUCGCUUGGCUUUCUUCAUAGCUGCGCACCUUGGCGAACAUCCGAUGGUGCGCUUUUGCGCAAAUCUCUCCAAACUUUCCAACCAAGUGGAGGAUAUUUUGAUCCGAAGGAUAUAGGCGAUACACACAAGUACUCUCUGGAAAUGUUCUUUUAUGGACCUUCCCGUUAAGUAAACCCUUAAUGUUCGUCUUUUACGCCGGGAAGAGCUCUUAGGAUUUCUCCGUUGUUCACUUGGACAUGUUGCGCAGCGGCGCAACUGCGGGAUUGAAAUAACGCUGCUGUUGCCGGAGUUUUCCGAACCUCGCCAACAUCUCGGGCACCGCAGCUUUGGGCAGGUGCUGCUUUCUGAGUGUGUUUGAAGACGGUGCCAUGCGGAAUCUGGAAUCCCUCAUCGAAGGGCUGUAAAAACCUGCUGGAAACGCGACAUUUACGCAGAGAUGGGAUCCCUGGUGAGAUCCCGUUGGCUGAUGAUCCCCCUGCUCGUGCAGGCCUGGCUUUUGGCUUCCCAAGGCAGAGUCCGAGAGAAGCCGUGUCCCCGAAGCUGCCGCUGCGAUGGCAAAAUAGUAUAUUGCGAGUCAAAUGCCUUCCGCGACGUGCCAAAGAAUGUUUCCGUCGGAUGCCAGGGCCUCUCUCUGCGGUACAACAGCUUGGUGAACCUCAGGGCUGGUCAGUUCGCCAGCCUCAGCCAGUUGGUCUGGCUGUACCUAGACCACAACUACAUCAACGCAGUGGACAAACAAGCCUUUCAGGGUGUUCGAAGACUAAAGGAGCUGAUCCUGAGCUCCAACAAGAUCACGCAUUUGGAAAACAGCACGUUCCAUUCGAUCCCCAACCUGCGCAACCUGGACCUCUCCUACAACAAACUUCAAGUCCUGCAGCCGAAUCAGUUUCAAGGCUUGCGCAAGCUCUUGAGUCUCCACAUCCGAUCGAAUUCCCUCAAGACGGUUCCCAUGAGAGUGUUCCAGGAUUGUCGAAACCUAGAGUUCCUUGAUUUGGGCUACAAUCGACUGCGAAGCCUCACGCGUAACGCGUUCGCAGGACUUCUCAAACUGACCGAGCUACACUUGGAGCACAACCAAUUCUCAAAGAUCAAUUUUUCUCAUUUCCCAAGGCUGAACAACCUCCGUGCUUUGUAUCUGCAGUGGAAUCGGAUAAAGUCGAUAACGCAGGGGAUUACAUGGACUUGGACCUCUUUGCAAAAGCUUGAUCUUUCCGGGAAUGACCUCCAGGUGUUGGAUUCAAGCAUCUUCCAGUGUCUCCCCAACUUGCAGACUCUCAAUCUGGACUCCAAUAAGCUAAGCAACGUGUCUCAGGAGGCCAUCUCAGCUUGGAUCUCUCUAACUACCAUCAGUCUUGCGGGGAACAUUUGGGAAUGCAGUCCCAGCUUAUGCCCCCUCGUAGCUUGGCUGAGAAACUUCAAGGGGAACAAGGAGACUACUAUGAUUUGUGCUGCACCAAAAGAGGUCCAGGGUGAGAAAGUCAUUGAGGCUGUUGACACGCAUGGAAUCUGUAAGACGACCCCCACUCCUUACCAGCCGAUCUCCUCCACUGUAAGCUCCCCAUCCAAAGCUGGACGCUUCCCCCUGCCCACCAUGUUCAGGGUGAAUGAGAAAAUAACACGCGGCAACCCUGUCGCGCCUUCCCCGACGGCUGCGUCCCCACCUGUCCCCGAGCAGGACUUCGAGCAUGUUUCGUUCCACAAGAUAAUUGCCGGCAGCGUCGCCCUCUUUCUAUCCGUGGCCAUGAUCUUGCUAGUGAUCUACGUCUCCUGGAAGCGUUAUCCCAGCAGCAUGAAGCAACUGCAGCAGCAUUCCAUGGUGAGAAAGCGCCGGAAAAAGGCGCGGGAGACAGAGCGCACCCUCAGCUCCCCGCUUCAGGAAUAUUAUGUGGACUACAAACCCACAAACUCUGAGACCAUGGACGUACUGGUCAAUGGGACAGGACCCUGUACCUACACCAUCUCCGGCUCCCGAGAAUGUGAGGCCCCUCAACAGAUGGGCACAUUGGCGUUCUACAGGUAUGAGCAGCCCAUCGUGGACUACUGCCAGGCUCACCAGCCCCUGCACAUGAACAGGGGCUUCGAGCCCCCGUCCCAGGCCCUCGAAGGGCUGGGGGCACGAGAACGCUGCGCCGUCCCAUCCGCUGGCCUCCUUCCUUCCGUGCCUGCAGCCCCUCUGUCAGACAUCCGCACCCUACCGCAGUGAGCCGGAGAUGGACUCGUCCCUGUCGUCCGCUCGUCCCCGGAGGGCGUACGCUCUACCCCCGACAUGACCCAUCGCCAGACCGAAUCACAGAUAUAUGGGACAGCGUGAUGGACUACAGACUCUCAGGAGAGGACUCUGUCUUUGUCGUGAAUUCGCAGGAAUCGUCAUAGUGGUGUACGAUCGAUGUGUUUGGAAUAAUCAAACAGGAGGCAAAAAAGCAUUUUAUCCCGAUAUUUUGUGAGCUCAACCCUGCGUCAUGCUAACGUCUCAAAUGAGAAAUAAAUAUCAAAUUUUACUGACUCAACAGCACGCAUACUCAUAAAAUCCAAGUUCUCCCAUAACCAGAAGCAAUUAAACAUAAACCAGCGAUUCGAGGAAUUUCUGAGCAUCAAAAUCUCUUUCAUCUCUUUCUAAUAAAGUCUUUCGGAAGGACUCCUGCCCUGUGAAGUCAGCGAUAAUUGCUUGAUAUAAAAUUGCCCAAAUUUAAUUCCUCAAGGUGA